CCAUGAUUGCUUGCAAGGCAACAUGACCAUUGGUGAAUACUACACCAAGCUCAAAAGUCUCUGGGACAAACGAGAUGCACUUUGUCCUCUACCACCUUGUAGUGGGGAUAUUGCCAAGACUCUACAUCAAUACCAACAGACACAACGUACCAUCAAGUUCCUUAUGGGACUCAAUGAGGUUUAUGCAGCAGCACGUGGUCAAAUUCUUCUCAUGGAUCCACUACCUCCUGCUAACAAAGUGUUCUCUCUUGUCAAUCAAGACGAAAAACAACGAGUCAUCUCCUCACAAGGUCUGGGUAAAGCACCAGAGGCAGCAGCUUUCACCGCUAGAGAAAGGUUCAAUCAUACAGGGAAAGCUCCUUUGUCCCACCUCUCCACUAUCCGUUGCCAUCGUUGCCACCUUACUGGUCACUCCACUGAAAACUGUCGGGCACACUUAAAAUGUGACUACUGCGGACACAAAGGUCACACAAUCGAUAUUUGCCGCAAGCUUAAGAGGGCCAACUCUCACGGUGAUAAGAGUAAUCAUUUGAACACAAACUCUCAUUCUCGUUCAAAGGCUUAUCAUGUAAGUUUUCAACCAGACAAUACUGAUAGCACACCACCUUCCUACAACCUCACGGCAGAUCAAUAUCAUGAUCUCCUUGCUCUUAUUGAUCAAAACAAAGUAGGAAACAUGGCUAGUCAAGUGAAUGCGGCAACUACAAUGAGCAACGUUUCAGGACCAACGAUCGGGGGAGAUGAUUGGGAUGGGAACUGAGCGCAAUGGGCUUUAUUACUUGGACGUUGCGAGGAUAUCUGGGUGUUAUUCCGCCUCAACAAUUACACCUUCCAACUCAUCCCAUUUAUGGCACCAACGUUUAGGUCAUUUAUCUAACAAAAGCCUACGGGCCAUAUCUUUGUCUACCAAAAAUAUCCAUUUUUGUUCAGUUGAUGAUUGUGCCAUUUGUCCUCUUGCCAAACAAACUCGUAACUCUUUUCCAUUGAGUUCUAUUACUACGAAAGUUCCAUUUGAAUUAAUUCAUGUUGACAUUUGGGGAGGAUACCAUAUCCAAUCACUCAAUGGGGCAAAAUACUUUCUUACAAUUGUUGAUGAUUUUUCUCGUUGUACUUGGAUUUAUCUAUUACAUAGCAAAUCCGAUGCACGUGGAUCUCUUCUUUCCUUCAUAAACUAUGUUGAAACACAGUUUUCUACUCGCGUCAAAGUCAUUAGGAGUGACAAUGGCCCUGAAUUCUCCAUGCAUGAUUUCUACUCUGAAAAAGGGAUUAUGCAUCAAACCACUUGUGUUUCCACCCCACAACAGAAUGGAGUAGCCGAACGCAAGCACCGUCACCUUCUAAAUGUUGCCCGCUCCUUACUUUUUCAAGCCAACCUUCCUAAAUUUUUUUGGGGAGAUUCCAUCCUUACCGCUGCUUAUCUCAUCAAUCGUACUCCCACUCCUGUUCUUAAAGGUAAAACUCCAUACGAAAUUCUCUUUCACAAAACACCUUCUUAUGCACAUUUACGUGUGUUUGGUUGUUUGUGUUUUGCCUCCACCCACCAUACUCGUCCUACUAAAUUUGAUGCCCGUUCUAU